AUGACAGACAUCACUGUCAUCACAUCGCUUAACUUCGGGGUGGUCCAGGCUCUGUCUGCAGCCUCCCCAAGGACCUGGAGCGUCAACCUGUCCCAUCUUAGCCCCCCCUCCCACCCGCCAGGAGUAAACAAAAUGCGUCUCCCGGCCGCAACGGGGUUAUGCGAGUGUCUUGGGUGCUUCAAACGAGUUCGCGACAGCGAUGGGGACACAGUCGACGAACGUUUGUACUUCAAACUCGGAUCAGAGCACGUCGAAUUUUCCAUACAGUCGCUUCCAACCUCCCGACAGAAUCACACCCUCCCCGUGACUAAUGCUCAUAAUCGGCACUUGGGGAUGGGGAAAAAGGGGGACACGCACACCCCAAAACCAAAAUCUAAAUCGCAGAAUGAGAUGGUGCAGAGUAACGACGGGUCUCAUCGUGGUACCUCCUUCCAGGCAGAAUCCUGGCACAAUUGUGAUGGACCGGUAAUGUGCACGAACAUGAGGGUACGCGGACGGAAGGUCGCGGUUUGGGUGUGUUCAUGGGAAUUUCAACGGAAGAAGUCUUCACUGCAAUUUGAAGCUCGAGAAUCUAGAGUGAUGGGUGAGGUCAUCGUCGUGGUUGAUAAAUGGACAAACUUAGGAGUGUGGGCGAACCAGACAAUUCAGCUGCGACGUCUGCGUGGUGUGCGGGCUUCAACAGACGCCACUGUGUUGGCAUUCCCUGCGUGGAUUGGUGGAUUACGAGCCUGUGGCUUCUCAUCUGCUCUGCCCACUGGAGUCGGAGGUGUCGUCUGCCUUCUCUGUUUGGGACCAAUGAAAAGCAUGCUGCCAAGGUCACGCUUCGUUCACAUUGCCAUGGAAACCGAACUCGAUGCAGCCAGGUCGCAGAAUGUGUACGAAACCAGCCACUUGCUGCAGACAGUUGACAGCUCAAGCCACGCUGCCUUCGUGAUGUUCUAUGUCGGUGGAUCCAGACCAGCUAUUCCAGCAAAUCUCCCUGGAGAUGUUUCCAGGGACAUCCAUGGAGACAACUACCAGCCACCUGCUCUCAACUUCGACGACUCAAUUACUCUGUUUAACGUCUUACGACUACUCAUCGUGAUUCAGAUCUUGUAUUCGCUGAGGAUCCAGUUUCUGAUCCACUAA